AUGAAGAGCUUGAAGGGCGUGUUGUCGAGAAACAAGUCCAAGAACGCUCCUCCUCCACCUCCACCUCAACCCGCUCCUGUUGUUGCUCCUCCUCCUCCUCCUGCAGUCGCCGCUCAUCUUUCCGCCACCUCUGCCGCUGCUGCUGCUCAUCUUUCUUCCUCCUCUUCUUCUUCUACCCCCACUCCCACCUCUUCCCCUCCCUCCUCUCCUCUCUCCCCUCCCUCUCCACCCACCCCCACCCCCACCAACAACAAUAGCGCUGCUGCUGCUCCUACUGCUGCAACCAAUACCAGCCCUUCCUCCUCCAACAAUACAACCACCGCUGCGGUCAUCGCCUCGAGUGACCCAUCCGGCAUCAACUCCGGACUGACUCCCGCCACCACUUCAGCAUCUACUACUCCUAUUCCCACCACAACUACCGUCACCAACCCCUCUACUACUACGACCUCUACUGUCUCCCCUCUGGCCCCUUCGUCGCUUUUCUCUGCUGCCUCUAUUAACGUCAACAACAUUAACAAUAUCACCAACGCCAACAACAUCAACAACCACAGCAGUAACAACAGCAUUAUCCACAGUAACACCAACGGUCUAUCCCCUACUAACACCACUCUCACCGGAGCACACAGCAACCAGGUCCCAGUCCAGGUCCAUACCAGUGCCACUAACGUCUACCCCACUGACUCAACCCCGCACCCAACUGCAACUACCCCUGCCUACACCAACAACAACGGUGCCAUGACUCAAGAUCAACGGGACGCUCAUCCCCCCACCAUCGUCAUUAUGAAUGCUGACCCUGCUGAAUACCAACAGUCCGGAGCUACAUCGACGUUCGGCGGCCACCCAGCUUCUCCAAGCCCUGCAUCACCGGCUGGGAAAUUAACAGGAGAGAAGGAGGUGCCUAAGAGCGGCCCACUGAACAGGAUGAAGAACGCACCCAAGGAUGCGAUCCCUAUCAGCAAAACACCGAGGAGACAACGAUCAUCUCGAUUCCAUGUCACGGAGCGCGUUACAUUGGAGCGUCUGCAGGGUCUCGAUGAGGUGGCUCCCAUCGAUCGUCAGGAGCUCUUCUUGAGAAAGAUUGGCCAGUGUGCCGUCGUCUUUGACUUCAACGACGCUUCUUCGGAACUCAAGGGCAAGGAGAUCAAGCGACAGGCCCUAACUGAAAUUCUGGACUAUAUCACCAACAACAGAGGCGUCAUCACGGAGCCCAUCUACCCUGAGGUCGUCAAAAUGUUUGCCACCAAUCUGUUCAGAACCAUCCCACCCCAAAUCAACCCAUCAGGAGAGGCUUUCGAUCCAGAGGAGGACGAACCUGUGCUGGAGCUCGCUUGGCCUCACCUUCAGAUCGUCUACGAGUUCUUCCUUCGCUUCAUCGAAUCGCCCGACUUCAACACCAACAUGGCCAAAAAGUUUAUCGACCACCACUUUAUCCUUCAGUUGUUGGAGCUGUUCGACAGUGAGGAUCCUCGUGAGCGCGACUUUUUGAAAACGACACUUCAUCGCAUCUAUGGCAAGUUCUUGAACUUGCGUGCGUUCAUCCGCCGCUCAAUCAACAACGUCUUCUUCCAGUUCAUUUACGAGAAGGAGAGACACAACGGAAUUGCGGAGCUUCUGGAGAUCUUGGGAAGUAUCAUCAACGGAUUUGCGUUGCCCUUGAAGGAGGAGCACAAGACUUUUCUCACAAAAGUCCUUUUGCCUCUGCACAAGGCGAGAUCAUUGACUCUCUACCACCCUCAAUUGGCCUACUGUGUUGUCCAGUUCUUGGAGAAAGACCCUACCUUGACCGAGGAGGUUGUUCAUGGAUUGUUGCGGUUCUGGCCAAAAGUCAACAGUCCCAAGGAGGUCAUGUUCUUGAACGAAAUCGAGGAGAUUCUGGACGUGAUUGAGCCAUCAGAAUUUGUCAAGAUCGAAGGACCAUUGUUCACACAGAUCGCUCGGUGUGUUGCCAGCCCGCAUUGUCAGGUGGCAGAAAGAGCACUAUACUACUGGAACAACGAGUACAUCGUCAACUUGAUCCACGACAAUGCCAACGAGAUCUUGCCUAUUGUGUUCCAAUCUCUCUACAAGAACUCAAAGACGCAUUGGAACAGGACCAUUCAUGGUCUUGUUUUCAACGCCCUCAAGCUCUUCAUGGAUGCCACACCCAAGUUGUUUGACGAGUGCACGAACCACUACCGUCAGGCAAGACAAAAUGAUCGAAAGCGCCUUCAGGACAGAGAGGAGAUCUGGCAAAAAUUGGAGCAGCAAGCGAUCCAGAACUAUGCCAAUCUCUCAGCCCAAGGUGCCGUAUCGGCCCCCAUGCCUCACCUUGCAGAGCCUAUGUCUGUGCCUCUUGAAUCAUUUGACGAUGGCGAAGUCAUGGAUGAGCCCGAGGAGGAGAUCCUUGAGAAUGGAACUGAUCAGGACCAUUAUGGCGGAGACUUGCAGACGUUCGAGAACAACACCCCCGUUUUCCACCAGUUCCGCCGAAAGUCUAUUAUCCCUGUUGACGAGACUGUCCUGGACGAGCUCUCGCGCCAUCGCAGUUUGGAGGAGGUGUUGGAUAUGAAGCGGUCAGCCACAAACCCCGACGUUGAGUAA